CCUUCUUCUUCCCGGCACAAUCCAGAGAGUCUCGCCUGCAUCUCUGCUGCCAAAACCCCAAGGCUGGAAGAUGUGGCAGCCGGCUACUGAGCGCUUGCAGCACUUCCAGACCAUGCUGAAGUCUAAAUUGAAUGUCCUAACCCUGAAAAAGGAACCUAUACCAGCAGUCAUCUUCCAUGAGCCGGAAGCCAUUGAACUAUGUACCACCACACCACUGAUGAAGACAAGGACUCAUAGUGGCUGCAAGGUCACUUAUCUGGGGAAAGUCUCUACCACAAGCAUGCAGUUUUUGUCUGGUUGCACAGAAAAGCCAGUCAUCGAGCUCUGGAAGAAACACACACUGGCCCGAGAAGAUGUUUUUCCAAGUAACGCCCUCCUAGAGAUCCGUCCCUUCCAAGUGUGGCUUCAUCACCUUGACCACAAAGGUGAGGCAACGGUGCACAUGGAUACCUUCCAAGUGGCUCGCAUUGCCUACUGCACAGCCGACCACAACGUGAGCCCCAACAUCUUUGCCUGGGUGUACAGAGAGAUCAACGAUGACCUGUCUUACCAGAUGGACUGCCAUGCAGUGCAAUGCGAAAGCAAGCUGGAGGCCAAGAAGCUGGCACAUGCUAUGAUGGAGGCCUUCAAGAAGACUUUUCACAGUAUGAAGAGUGAUGGGCGGAUCCACAGGAGCAGCUCAUCCGAAGAGGCUUCCCAGGAGUUAGAAUCUGACGAUGGCUGAAGGAACUUGAGAUGUUCCAGCAAAGGCAGCAUUUGGGCAAGGAGUUUCAGAAGAUAGAUGUGUCUGCAAUGAUUCAAAUUUGGUAUGAAAAGACUGCCAAAACCAUUGGCUGGCCAUGCUUUUUAAAUUCAGAAGAGCAAUUCUAAAUCUAAAGAAAUGUAUCAUUAAUUAUGUGACAUUGAAAUCUGCUGCUGCUGUGACCUUGAGGAGAGUGGGGGUGUGGACAUGGAGGAAGGUUCCAGACUGUCUUCUCGGGGGUUUUCUUCUAUUCUAAUGCUUCCUGGUGGGAGAUCUCCACGCCUAUUUUUACCAUUCUCAGGCAAAUACUCUGUGGCUGUAGUCUGAUGGACUGUUCCAAUCUGCCUUAUGAAAUCCAACAAGAAUGUUAGAGGCAUCUCUGUGGUUCCUAGGUGGGUGGGUGGGGUGGGGACAUGAUGCUAGUGUGGAGGCUGCAGGAUGGAAGGGACACGUCCAGGUGACUGAUUGAUUGUUCCUCUUCCUUGGCAUGCUUGCAGACACUCUCCUCUGUAUGUGAUUCAGCACAGCUUGGAUUGAGCUUUACAACUAACAGCACGCUAGAUGGCAGUUAAUUUGCAGUUAAAGAUAAUGCUUUUAUUUACAUGAGUAUAUCAAGUAGUACCCUCCUAUUGUAUUCACUUAGUCUAUUUUCUUAGAAUCCUUGCAACUAAUGACCAUUUCCCUCCUCCUGCCCUCACCAUGUUCUUUCUCCUUCCAACUUCCCCAAAAGGGAUGGAGGCUCAACACACUGCAGGACACCAACAGGAAAGAAAAUAACAAAUGAAUUAAAUAAACUGUCAUCAAACCUACCAGGAGUCUCAGACAUCAAAAACCCUAGGAAAAAAAUGGGAAUGGGUGACCAAAGUCUGUAGAGGUUGCCUUUUAUUAAGUCCUGAUUUAUAGUAACUUACUUGGUUCAGGUCUUGUUGGAUGACUCCUUCAUGAAAGUUUAAGCUCUGGCAUGACAUUGCCUGGGAAGUCUUGUUCCAUUAUGUUGAACAUUGACUUCAAUAUUGAACUCAAGGAGGGAAUGGGUGAUUUCCAAUCAGGUUGCCUAGAAAUUCCAUAUCUAUCUGGAAGCCUAAAGGGAAAUGUGAUCUUGUCGUCCUGAGGUCAAUAGUAUCUUAGAGUCAGAAUGACUCCUUUGACUAUUAGUUCUUAAGAGAAAUUUUCACUGAUAGCUUGAGAUCUCUCAGUUUCAAGAUCUUUGUAUAUCAUAAAGAAUCAUGGAAAUGUAUUUGUUAAAAUGUACACAUUUAAGGUGAAUAGUCAUUUUAAGAGGGCACAUGAUCCACUUUUUCAAGUGAUGUUGCUCCUUUAAAAGGUGUGUUUUAUUUCUGGUGAUGUUAGGGGCAAUGGGGCACCUUAGAAGCCUUAAGUGAAAGCUAAUAUAAUCCAGACAGCAGUGGUGUUGGUAUUUUUGGUUUGUGUACUGUGUGUCCAUGUAUGCAUUUGUGUGUGUGUGUGUAUGUGUGUGUAUGUAUGUAUGUCCCCCCGAAUGGGUCCACUUUCAAGGCAUGUACAAUAAGCAUGGAGUCGAAUUGGUGAGGAAUCACCUCCUGAAGAUAUGCUUGUUGCUUUAUGACAUAUGUAAACUAUUCUUUAGAUAAAUGCAUUCACUCUUUAAUAAAAAUAUGUUUGUGUUAAUAAAGCCAGGGUGUUUCAUAAUUUAUAUGAACUUCCAUUUUUUUACGCAAUGCAAAUUUGACAUGUAAACUAAACUAAACUUGGUAAACA